CCGAGAAGCGGAUUUGAGACAAUCGACUCUCCCCCGGCCGGCUGAAGGUCGCCGAGCUCACUGUUCACACUGAUCGAUGCUGAUCAAAGUGAAAGUUAACGUCGACCCUGGUUACCAACGUCCUCACUCAAGCUAUCCGAUAACUCAGUGUCGAGCACCUCUGCUUCAUUGAACAGGCAACCAAGAUGGCAGCAAUCUUCGAGGAACCAGCACCCGAUUUUGAGAACUUCGUUCUGACACCGAAGUCGCAUCCCGUACAACACACAGAAUGCUUCAUUCCGGCAGCGACACCGCAAUGUCAUGCUUCCAAUCUCUUGAUCCUAGAUAAUGGCGAGAUGCUCUGCGCUUGGUUUGGAGGCACACAAGAAGGCAAACCAGACAUCAGCAUUUAUCUCUCUCGUCGAUCAAUAGGCUCAACAUCCUGGACCAAAGCCAAGAAAGUCACAUUCGAUACCACGAGAAGUGAGCAGAAUCCUGUUUUGUUCCAGACUCCAUCUGGCGAGGUCUGGUUGCUGUACACAUCCCAACACCUUGGUGAUCAAGACUCCGCUUUCGUCAAGAAGCAAGUCUCGCUUGAUAAUGGCUAUACAUGGAGCGAGCCAGAGGCGCUCUUUACCGAACCUGGAACAUUUAUUCGACAGCCUGUCGUCAUUCUCGAGAAUGGCUCGUGGGUCGUGCCAACGUUCAGAUGUCGCUCAGAACCAGGCGAGCGAUGGGUCGGCAACGAUGAUAUAUCAGCCAUCCGCGUCUCUCAGGAUCAAGGCAAGACGUGGAUCGAAAGAGAAGUGCCCAAUAGCUUUGGUGCAGUACACAUGGAGAUCAAGCAACUCAAGGAUAGAAGCUACCUUGCCCUAUUCCGCAGUAGGUGGGCCGAUUUUGUCUACAAAGCGACUUCUUCCAAUGGUAUCGAUUGGUCUGAGCCAACGGCAACAACUCUCCCCAACCCAAACGCCGGAAUCUGCUUCGAUGUUCUGCCGUCAGGGCGAGUGCUUGCCGUCUACAAUCACUCCUCCCGCCUCAAUGCACAGGGUCGAAGAGAAGGACUGUACGACGAUAUCGCAGCUGCAGACGAUGUUCGAUCCAACCAAGCAAGCAAACAUGCUGGCAAGGAGGCAUUCUGGGGCGCACCAAGAGCUCCUUUGUGUCUCGGAUGGAGUGAUGAUGACGGAAAAUCGUGGAAACACAGGAUUCUGGAGGAAGGUGAUGGAUACUGCAUGACGAAUAACAGUGAGCAGAAGCUGAAUCGGGAGUUGAGCUAUCCGAGUAUGGUACUGGGAGAGGACGAGGUGGUGCAUGUCGCUUUCACAUUCUGGAGGCAAGGGAUAAAAUAUGUACAGCUGAGUUCAGAUGUGGUGAACAGCUUGUAG